GAGUUGGUGAAGGACAAUGGCGUCUGUUAAAGAACUGCUCGUGGACUCACUGAAGGAGCUGGUAGAAGCUGAACUGAAGGAGUUUCAUUGGCGCUUAAUGAAUGCAUAUCAUAAGUGUAUAUCAAAGUCUGAAAUGGAAAAGGCAGAUAUAUUCGACACAGUGGAAAAGAUGGUGGCAUGUUUUGGACCAGAAGGAGCUGUAAAGAUCAUGGUGGACAUCCUGAGAAAGAUGAAACAGAAUGAUCUGGCUGAUCAGCUGGAGAAUGAACACAAGCAAGCUCAGUCUGAGGGAAAUAUAAAGACAUCUGUCCCUGUUGGAGAGCUGCAAAACUUCUUGAAAACUCACAAAAACAGCAUGAUGAAGAAAGCUAAAUAUAUUUUUGAGGGCAACAAAGAAAACGACACAGAUCUCAAUACUGUUUACACAGAGCUGUUCAUCACUGAGGGAGAUAUGAAAGAUGUCAAUCAUGAACAUGAGAUUAUGAAGAUUGAUGAUGUUUUCAGGAACAACAAAACACUAGACAAACCAAUCAACUGCAAUGAUAUAUUUACUGAACUGAGAAAAAAAAAUAAGGAGAAGAUUGUGCUGACCAAGGGAGUUGCUGGCAUCGGAAAAACUGUCUCUGUGCACAAGUUCAUCCUGGACUGGGCAGAAGGAAACACCAAUCAGGAUAUAAACUGUGUGUUCCUGCUUCAAUUCAGAGAGAUCAAUGUGAUUAAAGAUAAAGAGAUCAGUCUCCAUGAGUUUCUGCUGAAAUUUUAUCCUGAACUGAAGGACCUAGAGAAAUCAAAUUUAUAUAAGGAAUGUAAGCUAGCAUUUAUAUUUGAUGGACUUGAUGAGAGUCGACUGCCAUUGAACUUUAAAAGUGACACGCCGGACACUGUUGAGGAAAGAGCAUCCGUAGAUGUGCUGUUUACAAGUCUGGUCAAAAGGAAGCUGCUUCCAUCAGCUCUGGUCUGGGUGACAUCACGACCAGCAGCAGCCAAUCAGAUCCCUCCUGAACAUGUGGGUUUGUUCACUGAAGUGCGAGGAUUUACUGAUGAACAGAAGGAGGAGUACUUCAGAAAGAGAAUCACAGAUGAGACUCAAGCCUCCAGAAUCAUCUCACACAUUAAGACGUCUCGUAGUCUCUACAUCAUGUGCCACAUUCCUGUGUUCUGCUGGAUCACAGCCACAGUACUUCAGGAUAUUCUCAUCAAGAACAAUACAGAGAACAUAAGCACAACACUCACUGAAAUGUACAUUCACUUCCUGCGGAUACAGAUGAACAUUAAGAGUCAGAAGUAUGAUGAACAAGAAGAAAGUGAACAUUCAGACCAUUUAAAAAUAAAUAGAGAAAUGAUUUUGAAGUUAGCCAAGCUAGCAUUUGAACAGCUGAAGAAGGAAAACAUUGUAUUCUAUGAGAAGGAUCUGAAAGAAUGUGGUAUUGAAGUGAGUAAAGACACUGAGUUCACAGGAAUGAUAGCUGAGAUGUUUAGGAUGGAAGAUGGACUUUAUAAGACAAAGGUCUUCAGCUUUGUGCAUCUGAGUGUUCAAGAGUUCCUCGCUGCAGUGCAUGUGUUCAUCUGCUACCUGAACAAGAACAAGCGAGAGCUUCAGUUUUUCUUUAAAGAUUCACAAAAUACAGCCAGACAAAAGCUUCAGUUCUUCUUUAGAAAUGUCAAAUUUCAUGACUUAAUAAAGAGAGCCACUGAUAAAGCUAUAAAUAGUAAGAGAGGACAUCUGGACCUGUUCCUGAGGUUUCUGAUGGGCAUUUCACUGGAAUCCAGUCAGAACAUGCUCAAAGGCCUGAUCACACACACUAAAGACACCAGUGUGAGCAUCAGACAAACCACUGAACACAUUAAAGAAUUACAAAAACAGGACAUCUCAGAUGAAACGUCAGUCAACCUUUUCUACUGCUUACUUGAGCUGAAAGAUAAUUCAUUAUAUGAGGAAAUCCAGAGUUACCUCAGUUCAGAUGCACAUCCAGGAAGAGACCUCUCAUCUUCAAUGUGCACAGUGAUGACCUACAUACUGCUGAUGUCAGAGAAGGUGCUGGAUGAGUUCAGUCCAAAGAGGUUCACGUCACCUUCAAACUACAAGAGACUCAUUCCAGCUGUGAGAUGCUGCAGAAAAGCCCUAUUUGACGGCUGUGGUUUUGAUGAAACAUGCUGUGAAACCGUGUCUUCUGCUCUACAAUCAUCAAACUCUCAUCUGAUGGAGCUGGACCUGAGUAGCAAUCAUCUGCAGGAUUUAGGAGUGAAGCUGCUUUCUGAUGGCAUGAAGAGUUCAAACUGUAAACUGAAAAUACUGAGAUUUUCCAUCUGUAGCCUCACUGCUCAGUCUUGUGAGAGUUUGUCAUUAGCUCUACAAUGCUCACACUCUGUCCUGAGAGAGCUGGACCUGAGUAACAAUGACCUGCAGGAUUCUGGAGUGAAGUUUCUUUCUGAUGGACUGAAGAGUCCAAAUUGUCAGCUGGAGAUACUGAGGUUGUCUGGCUGUAUGGUGACAGAGGAGGGAUGUUGUUAUGUGUCUUCAGUUCUGACUUCACACCCCUCACACUUGAGGGAGCUGGAUCUAAGCUAUAAUCACCCUGGAGAUUCAGAAAAACUGGAUAAAAUCAAUGUGGAUCAUGGAGGAGAAUCCAGGAUUAAAGCAGGACUAAGGAAAUAUGCCUGUUUUCUCACACUGGAUCCAAACACAGCAUACACUAAACUCAGUCUGUCUGAGGAGAACAGAAAGGUGACACAGGUGGAAGAGAAACAACUGUAUCCUGAUCAUCCAGACAGAUUUGAUGAUGUGCGUCAGGUGUUGUGUAGAGAGAGUGUGUGUGGACGCUGUUUCUGGGAGGUUGAGUGCAGUGGAGUUUUUGGUGUGUUAAUAUCAGUGUCAUAUAAGAGCAUCAGCAGGAAGGGACAGGGUAAAGAAUGUUGGUUUGGAUCUAAUGAUCAGUCCUGGAGUUUGAUCUUCUUUCCUGGCAAUUAUUUAUUCAUACACAAUAACAAACAGACUCAUAUCCCUGUGAAGUCCACCAGCUGGAGAAUAGGAGUGUAUGUGGAUCACAGUGAAGGAACUCUGUCCUUCUACAGCGUCUCUGAAAACACUAUGAACCUCAUCCACACAGUCCAGACCACAUUCACUCAGCCGCUCUAUCCUGGGUUUACUGUUUUUCAUGGAUCAGUGAAACUGUGUUGAUGAAUCAGAGACUGACGAGAGAUUCUACCCAUAAUGCUUUGAGCUGCAUGAUAAAUCAGUGACAGUGAGACGUUAUAUAGUCUCUUCUUGACAUUAAUACAUGUAAUUAAUAUUUCUCUAUUGUUUUUGUGCAUAAUAAUAAUAAAACAGGACGAGAAAUUAACUUGAGAUCAGAUCUGAAUUGAUGUUUGUAUCAUGAAUAUAAUCGAUUUCAUCACAAGACUGACAUGAGCUUCAGGAGAGUUUCUGACAUUAUAAAAUAAAACAUUCAUCAUAGUAUUUCAUCAAAUAUACUGUAACUACAGAAACACUGUAUUAAAUUACUAUGGGAUCUCUUUCAAGCGGUGAUUUUAUUUACUGUUUUUUGUUUACUAAAAUAUGUAAACGUGA